AUGGAGUCGCAAGAGCAAAGCAACGGCCACGUCACCGGCGACGGAGACUGUUCGGUUUCCGGAUUCGACUCAGCUGAGAAGGUGAUUAUGCGGUGGGACGCGACUGCGUCGGAGGAAGCUAGAGAGAAGAUGAUAUUCAGCGAUCCCCAGGAGGUGAAGCUCUACCUCCACGCCGUCGAUGAAAUCCAACGGUUUGUUUCGUCCGGCGGAGAAAUUGAAACCCGAGCUAAUUCGGCAAUCCAGAUCGCCAUGGCUCGUCUCGAAGACGAGUUCCGGAAUAUCCUCGUCUCUCACAGCUCUCCGAUCAACGCCGAUUCGCUAAUGCUGUCGUCUUGCUCUUCCUCUGCUCACCUGGAGGUUGAAGAAGACGGAAGCAGUAAUAAUGGUAACAGUAACGAGGAAGAUGAUCAGCAGGAGGAAGAAGAGACGGAUCUUCUAAAACGGACCGGGUCGAGUACCGGUUCCGGUUCAGUGGCGGUUCGGUUGCCGACGGGGAGAGGUAGCUACAGUAGAUCCACCAGCAGCAUACGCGAGAUCGAGCUGAUUCCGAUCGACGUGGUGGUGUAUCUGAGCUGGAUUGCUCGGCGUAUGGUCUCCGCCGGUUACCUCCGCGAGUGCAUUCAGGUGUACGGAAGCGUUCGCAAAUCCGCCGUCGAUUCGAGUUUCCGGCGGUUAGGGAUCGAGAAGCUUAGCAUCGGCGAUGUCCAGAGGCUGAAUUGGGAGGCGCUAGAGCAGAAGAUCCGCCGGUGGAUCCGGGCGGCGAAGAUCUGCGUGAGAGUGGUGUUCGCGAGCGAGAAGCUGCUCUGCGAGCAUGUGUUCGACAGCGUCGGAGCCAUCAACAUCCACGAGGCCUGCUUCAUGGAAACCGUCAAAGGUCCGGCGAUCCAGCUUUUCAACUUCGCGGAGGCGAUCAGCAUCAGCCGGAGAUCGCCGGAGAAGCUCUUCAAGAUCCUCGAUCUCCACGACGCGUUGAUCGAGCUUUUACCAGACAUCGAAUCGGUUUUCGAUCUGAAAUCCUCCGAUUCGAUUAGGGUCCAGGCGGCGGAGAUUCUGUCGAGAUUAGCGGAAGCGGCGAGAGGGAUUCUAUCCGAAUUCGAGAACGCCGUCCUCCGUGAGCCUUCGAAAGUCCCCGUUCCCGGAGGAACGAUACAUCCAUUGACGAGGUACGUGAUGAACUACAUCAGCCUAAUCUCCGAGUAUAGACCAACGCUAAUCGAUCUCAUCAUGUCGAAACCGUCGCGAAACUCCACCGAUUCAAACACGCCGGAGAUCGAUUUCACGGAGAUAGAGAACAAAGGUCCGUUAGCUCUCCAUCUGAUCUGGAUCAUAGUGAUCCUCGUUUUCAAUCUGGAAGGGAAAUCAAAGUACUACAGAGACGCGGCGUUAUCGCAUCUCUUCAUCAUGAACAACGUGCACUACAUCGUCCAAAAGAUAAAAGGUUCGGCGGAGCUACGUGAAAUGAUCGGAGAUCUCCACCUGAGGAAGCUAACGGGUAAGUUUCGGCAAGCGGCGACGUAUUACCAGAGAGCCGCUUGGGUCAAGGUCUUGUAUUGCUUGAGAGACGAAGGAUUGCAUACGAAAGGAAGUUUCUCGUCGGGAGUCUCUAGAAGCGCGUUGAGAGAGAGGUUUAAAUCUUUCAAUGCUCUGUUUGAGGAAGUUCAUAGGGUUCAGUCGCAGUGGUUGGUUCCGGAUUCUCAGCUCAGGGAAGAGCUGAAGAUUUCGAUACUGGAGAAGCUUAGUCCGGCUUACAGGUCGUUUCUUGGGAGGUUUAGGAGCCAUAUUGAGAGUGGGAAACAUCCGGAGAAUUACAUUAAGAUCACUGUUGAAGAGCUUGAGAGUGAGGUUCUUGACUUGUUCGAGGGGUUAUCUGCAACUCAGCAUCUGAGAAGACGAUCAGAGUGA